ACCAGCAGCCUGAGCAGGGGCUGGGAGAAGGGAAGUCUUGUGCUCUUCAUACUGCAGGGAAAGCCUCUUUGCAUAAACUCUGCUCACAGGUUAAGAACAUCCUGCAGCAAGUCAUCACUUCAGCCUAAAGGUUUGUGGAAGAAAUAAGCAAUACAUGAAACAGGAUUAAAUUAAUUUUUACACCUAUUCAUUCGGGACCCUGAUGAGUGAUAAAUGGGGAGAGUAGAAGAUGGUGAAUUUCGGAGAGAAUGCAACUGAGAACUGCACUAUUAAUCAUGAGAUCCACCAGAUAUUAUCCCCUGUGGUAUACAUAUUUGUAUUUAUAGUAGGCUUGCCAGCUAACUGCCUGUCACUGUACUAUGGGUAUUUACAGAUCAAGGCAAAAAAUGAAUUGGGUAUCUACCUUUGCAAUUUGACUGUAGCAGACCUGCUCUACAUAUUUUCUUUGCCUUUUUGGCUUCAGUAUGUUUUACAGCAUGACAAUUGGACCUACGAUGAGCUGCUGUGCAAAAUUUGUGGGAUCCUCUUGUAUGAGAAUAUCUACAUCAGUGUGGGCUUCCUCUGCUGCAUCUCCAUUGACCGCUACCUCGCAGUGGUGCACCCCUUUCGGUUUCAACAGUUUCGGACAAUGAAGGCUGCUGUGAUUGUGAGCAUCGUUAUCUGGACCAAAGAAAUAAUGACAUGCUGCUUUGUCUUUAUGCACGGCGAGGUCAGUAUGGAUGCCGAGAGCCAUGUGGUGUGCUUCGAGCAUUACCCCAUCAAAGAAUGGGAGCACAAUGUGAAUUACUACCGCUUCUCUGCUGGCUUCCUUUUCCCCUUCUUUCUGCUGGCCUUUUCUUACUGUGGGAUUUUACGGGUUGUCCACAAGAGUCACGGCACUCAAAAGAAGAAGAAAAUCCAAAUUGAACGGCUGGUUUCAAGCACUGUUUUAAUUUUUUUAGUUUGCUUUGGACCAUACCACAUCCUACUUGUGGUUCGCAGCUUGUUGGAGAACAACUGCUCAUUUGCUGAGAAAAUAUUUAAUAUUUACCAUUUUUCUCUCCUGUUGACUACUUUUAACUGUGUUGCUGAUCCAGUAUUGUACUGUUUUACCAGUGAAAGCACUUACCAGAACUUUUCCAAGAUGCGAGACUCUUGUUUAACAUGUUUAGGGUGUCUGAGGACUGAGACAAAGGAAUCCUAUCCGCUGAAUGCUCCAGAAACUCCCAACAGGCCACAGCACGAGCAACAACCAAGGUUAUUACAGAUAUCAAAUGGUGAUACUGAAAAGAAGGAUGACUCCAGAACUACCUUGGGCAGACUAUAG